AUGGUUGGUCUUAAAAGUGAUUUUAUAAUCAUUGAUCCUGAUGAUCAAUUAUCAAUAGUUAAACGAAUUCUUAAAGAAGAAGUUAAAGAAACAAAUUUUUAUACUGAUAAACCGAAAGCUAUUAUAAAUUUUAUAAAUAAAUGUAAAGAUGAAGGUAAACGUUCAACGGAUAUAAUGAUUAAUCAUGAAAAUCGUUUUAAACAAUUAAUCUAUUCAAAAUAUGAAACAUACAUUCAACAAGAAAAUAAACUUGAUUUUGCUGAAUUAAUUCUUUUAACAAAAGAAUUACUUGAAAAAGAAAUUGAUUUGCAAGUACAUUAUUCAAAAAAAUUUCGUUUUAUACUUAUUGAUGAAUUUCAAGAUACAUCAACAUUACAAAUGGAUUGGUUAAAAUUAAUGAUUGAUAGAGAUCAUCAGAAUAAAACUGUACAAAAUUGCUUUAUGGCUGUGGGUGAUGAUGAUCAAAGUAUAUAUGCAUUUCGUGGUGCUCAAUGUGUUAAUAAUAUAGAUGAAUAUUUAAAAGCACUUUAUUUAAGUCGAGAAAAUCCAGAACAUAUUAUUAAAUUAGAACAAAACUAUCGAAGUACAAAUGUUGUGCUAGAAGCAGCAAAUUCAGUUAUUGAUCAUAAUCAAUCUCGUCUUGGUAAAAAUCUUUGGACAGAUAUAAAAAAUGGUGAACAAAUUGGUUUAUAUCAAGCAACUGAUACAAGUGAUGAAGCUGAACAUGUUGUAGAAUUAAUUAAAAAUUUUAUUAAACUUCAUCCAAAUAUUCCUUUAUCUCAAAUAGCUAUUCUUUAUCGAACAAAUGCUCAAUCACGUGAAUUUGAACAAGCAUUAAUGAAUAGUGGAAUAAAAUAUCGUAUUUAUGGUGGAAUUAAAUUUUAUCAACGAUCAGAAAUUAAAAGUGCAUUAGCAUAUUUACGUUUAAUUCAAAAUGAGAAUGAUAACGAUGCAUUUCGUCGUAUUAUAAAUUUUCCAGCACGUGCAAUUGGUAAGGCAACAUUAGAAAAAAUUGAAGCAGGUGCAAAACAAAAUCAAUGUUCAUUAUUUACAUAUAUUCAAACCGAUUCAAAUUUUUCGAAACAAAAAAAAAUUUAUGAUUUUAUUCAAUUAAUAAUUAAUUGUAAAAAAACUAUUGAAGAAACAAAUCCACCUAUGGAAUUAUAUGAACAAGCUUUGUAUAUAUUUGAACAAUCAGGUUUAAUGAAUUCAUAUAAAAAUAAAGAAGAAGUUGAACGUUUACAAAAUAUAAGUGAAUUAUGUAAUGCUAUGAAACAAUUUUCACAUUUAUAUCAUACAAAUGAUUUAACUCAAUAUUUAAGUGUUAUUGCACUAGAUACAACAAAUACUCAAGAUGGAAAAUUAGAUACAUCGGAUGAAAUAGAAAGAAUUCAAAUGAUGACAGUACAUGGUGCAAAAGGAUUAGAAUUUCAUUAUGUAUUUAUUGCUGGACUUGUUCAAGAUCUUUUUCCAUCAAAUUUUUUUGGAAAUUGUGAUAUUGAAGAAGAACGUCGUCUGAUGUAUGUUGCAAUAACUCGAGCAAAACGAUAUUUACAUAUGUCAUAUUCAGAAAUACGUUCAAAUUAUGGUCAACAAGAAAGAUGUAAACGAUCACAAUUUAUAUCAGAAAUUCCUCCUAAACUUGUGCAUGUUCAUAAUGAAAAUGAUGAAAUAUAUCAACCACCAAAAAAACGAAUGAAUGUUGUUCAAACAAUCAAAUUACCAAGCCAAAUUGGAUUUCUUACUGGAAAAAAUUUAUUAAACGUUGCUCAAUGGAAUAAGAAAAAAUAA